UGAUUAAAAUUAAUAAAUUACUUCUGCUAAUGAAACUAUCUAUCUAGCUAUCCAAAAUAUCCAGCAAACGGAUAGAAUAACAAUACAAAUCGAAACCUCCUUCUUCUUCUUCGUCAUCUUAGAAGAGAUGGAAGCUCUACACAUCUCUGCAAUUUCACACACUUAUAAAUCUCAUCAAACCCCAAGCUUCAACUCCGCCAGAACAUCAACACCGCAUAUUUGCAGCGCCUACUCUUCUUCUACUCAUUCUCGAUCAUUGUUAUCGCACUCAACAUAUAACUCAUUCACUAGGCAAUUAUGGGGAUUUGUACAUUCUUCUAGUACUGAUAGAAAGAGAGACUUGCGUAGAGGUUUAGUUGUGAGAGCCGAAAUGUUCGGACAGCUAACUAGCGGUCUUGAAUCGGCUUGGAACAAGCUCAAAGGCGAAGAGAUAUUGACAAAAGAAAACAUUGUGGAGCCGAUGAGAGACAUUAGGCGAGCUCUUCUCGAAGCAGAUGUUAGCCUUCCUGUAGUGCGAAGGUUCAUCCAAUCCGUGAGUGAACAAGCUGUUGGUGUUGGUGUGACUCGAGGAGUAAAACCAGAUCAACAAUUGGUUAAAAUUGUAAGUGAGGAACUUGUUAAAUUGAUGGGUGGAGAGGUUUCUGAACUGUCUUUUGCCAAAUCCGGGCCCACUGUAAUUUUAUUGGCAGGUCUACAAGGUGUUGGAAAGACAACUGUCAGUGCCAAGUUAGCAGUGUACCUUAAGAAGCAGGGGAAGAGUUGCAUGCUGAUUGCUGGAGAUGUGUACAGACCUGCUGCAAUAGAUCAACUUCUUAUCUUGGGAAAACAGGUAGAUGUGCCAGUUUAUUCAAUGGGCACUGAUGUAAAACCAGCAGAAAUUGCUAGGAAGGGUCUUCUAGAGGCUAAAAAGAAAAAUGUUGAUGUUGUCAUAAUGGAUACAGCUGGAAGACUUCAGAUAGAUAAGGAUAUGAUGGAUGAAUUGAAAGAGGUGAAACGGGAACUAAAUCCCACAGAAGUUUUGCUUGUAGUUGAUGCCAUGACAGGCCAAGAAGCCGCAGCUUUGGUCACCACAUUCAAUCUUGAAAUUGGAAUUACUGGUGCCAUUUUGACGAAAUUAGAUGGGGAUUCAAGAGGUGGGGCAGCUUUGAGUGUGAAGGAGGUAUCGGGAAAGCCAAUCAAGCUUGUAGGACGCGGAGAAAGAAUGGAGGAUCUUGAGCCUUUUUACCCUGAUCGUAUGGCAGGGCGCAUACUGGGAAUGGGAGAUGUUCUAUCGUUUGUGGAAAAAGCACAAGAAGUUAUGCGCCAAGAGGAUGCUGAAGAUAUACAAAAGAAAAUAAUGAGUGCAAAGUUUGACUUCAAUGACUUCCUGAAGCAAACUCGUGCAGUUGCACAAAUGGGAUCCAUGUCUCGUGUUCUCGGAAUGAUUCCUGGCAUGGGGAAGGUUACUCCUGCUCAAAUUCGAGAGGCAGAGAAGAGCUUAAAGAUAAUGGAGGGAAUGAUUGAAGCAAUGACCCCAGAGGAAAGGGAAAAACCAGAACUUUUGGCUGAAUCCCCAGCUCGUAGAAAGCGAGUUGCUCAAGAUUCGGGGAAAACAGAGCAGCAGGUAAAUCAACUUGUUGCUCAAUUAUUUCAAAUGCGAGUCCGUAUGAAAAAUUUGAUGGGUGUCAUGGAAGGUGGAUCCGUACCUGCUCUGAGCAAUCUUCAGGAGGCUCUUAAAUCUGAGCAGAAGGCUCCUCCAGGUACUGCCAGGAGGAAAAGGAGAUCGCAGUCAAGGAAGCAAUUUGCAGAAUCAACAUCCUCCAUGCCUAGUCCUCGUGGUUUUGGCUCCAAAUAAUUAUUUUGGUUUCGACUCUCCCUAUGUUCAUAGAUUAGCGAACAUAAUGUGUAUUGUGUAAUCAUAUCAUGACGUGUAGAGACUGUUGUAGAGAUUAAGGGGCCGUUUGGUUCGCUUCAGAGAAACGGAAUGGAAUUCAGAAAGGGAAACGCGGGGAAAGGAAAAGAAUGAUCCUGAAUUGUUUUACCUGUUUGGUUUUGUUGUAGAAACGGAAUGAAAAUUUGUGUGAUUAAUUUUAUAUUCGAUUUUUUUAA